GCUUCUACUUCUUGAAUUGCACAACAUUUUUUACGUGAGGAAGAUCCGCAGGAUUGGAAGGAGGUAGGUGCAUUGGCGAUCCAUAAAAGGAGUACCAAAUGUUGUGUCCCCGCUGACGCCUUCACCCCACAACCACCAGCAAAAGUCCCAAGACGAGGCGGAAAAAGACGCAAUAAUCGACUUUCAAGUUUAAGUGCUGGGAACUCUGCUUCACUUACUGGUAUACCAAACGGGACUCGCGUUGGACGAAAGCUUGUCUCGUCCCUGGAUCCUGUCUUGUACUAUCCUACUAGGACCACUGCACUUCACACCUGUGAUGGAUCUGAAUAAUGCAGUUGGUCUUCGAAUGGAGUUAAUAAUAUUUCAUCCGCAAUAUUUAAAUGACCUGUUGGACACAACUCGCCGGUUCUCUUGGAAAUCGCACGCUUUUCCAUGCAGUCCUUCACCAUGCUCUGCAUAUUUGCAAGAAAAAUACAAAUUAUUAACGAAGGAAAACUGCUCGAAUAGCAACAGCGAAACUUUGCGAUCAGAUAGAAACUGUAACCAACAUCAUGAUAAGGCUGAACCUAACCUUCAGAAAGGGAGGCACGUCUUGGACGAACUUAUACGUUUUGAACAUAGACUUUUGGAAACACUACGGAUACUCACGAUGAUCAGUGAAGAAAUUAACGGUAGCAAUCACUGGCGGGAUCACAGUUUCUUGCGUGAAAUAUUCAAAGAUAUUCCCAGCCUUUAUCGUCUUCACCAGCAUUUAACUACUAGCCUUGACGAGUUGGACGUCAAUCCAGUCAAGAACAUUCUCCCAUCUGUAUUUAUAAAUGACACGGAAACCCCUUUCUUAAAUAUAUACAAGAGCUUUAUCAGCCGAUAUGGACCAAAUUAUCAGAGACUUACAAACCUUGUUUUAAAAGAGAAGGAAUUUUCAAACCUUGCCAAAUUGUGCGUGGCUUCUUCGAAGUACGAAGAACAACGUAUCCAAGAUGUCUGCGGAAUGUAUUUCGGAGUGCACAGUUCACUGACCAGAUACAGGCUGUUAUUCUCCAUAAGAAUUAGAAGAAACGCUACCCAAGGAAGACACUCGUAGACAAGAUAUUCGCAAGGCGCUUGCAGUGAUCGACAAAAUACUUCUUCACUCCGAAAAGGAAAUGGUUAAGCAGG